UUUGUGGGACCGCUUUACUGUACAUCAUGCACAAAAUUAAAAGCAACAACUUUGAUAUUUGGGAUUUUUCAAUUUCAUUCAGCUUACAGAGUUUAUUAAAAGCUAGGAUUUCAAUUACUAUCAAAGGUUCUAGGCUUCUUUCUCCGGUCUUUCAUUUCUGGCUUGAAUAUGUCUGCCAAGUAUAUAGUCGCAUCACUCUUAGGAUCGUUUGGUGUUUCAUAUGCGUUUUUUUAUCUUGCAGCUGACAAGAAGAUUUUCGGAGGCACAACUCCAAUGACUGUUUCUAACAAAGAGUGGUGGGAAGAAACUGACAAGAAGUUUCAGAAAUGGCCUCGCACGGCUGGCCCUCCGGUGGUCAUGAACCCCAUCAGUCGCCAGAAUUUCGUCGUCAAACCCAAAGAUUCCUAGAUAUAGUGUCUUUGCUGUUGUAUCAAUUAAUCUCUUUAAUGGUUUCUUAUCUUCAUGUGUAGGUUUGCAAUGAGUUACUGAUAAGAUUGUUGUAUCUUGUAUGUAAGAAUAAUAUAGUGCAGUCUUUGGUUUGCUUGUAUGUGGUUAACUAUUAAUCGAGGAUCAGUGAUUCAGUGAAUACUACAGACUACUACAGAGUAA